AUGAAUAAUUCCAAAGCAGCAUAUGGUUACUUUGCACUGAAAGUAGACAUGGCAAAGGAUUAUGAUAGGGUCAAUUGGAAAUUUCUAGGAGAUAUGUUAAGAAUUAUGGGUGUUUCAGUGACAACCAAUUCUUUGAUAAUGGCGUGUGUUUCUACUGCUUCUUUUUCAAUCAAUUUUUUUUUGAAGGCAUUUUCAAUCAAUUUAAAUGGAUCACCUCAAGGUCUUUACCAGCGAUUGUCCAUGCUUAUGCAUCAGUUUGAACUUCAAGGUCUUUACCAAGGAUAUAAAAUAAAUAGAAGAGCUCCUGCAAUCUCCCAUCUCAAAUUUGCGGAUGAUUUAUUCUUCUUUGGGGAAAAUACAAGAGUUAACAUUCAAAACUUGAAGAAAUUGCUCAAGGAAGAUGCAGAUAUGUCAGGUAAGCUAAUCAACUAUGAUAACUUUUCGAUACACUUCAGUAAGGGUAUACCUCAGUGGAUGAGACAAACUACAAUUCUAGAUCUUGGUGUCAGGCAAAUGACAAUAGAGGACAAAUAUCUUGGUAUUUAUCCGUUAAAAUCAGAUUAUAGAAUAUCAAGUUUUGAUUCUCUUACAGACAAAAUUACUUCUAAGUUGCCUGGAUGGAGAAUCCACUUUGUUAACUCUGUGGGAAGAACUAUUCUAUCAAAAUCAACAAUUUCUGCAAUUCCAAUUUACUUCAUGGGAUUUUGUUUGUUUCCUAAAGGUGUUACCAAAGAAAUCAAAAAAGUGCAAAGGUGUUUUUGGUGGAAUCACUUUAUUGAAGAACGUAAGCUUCACUUUAUAAUCUGGUCUAAGAUGGAACUAAGGAAAGAAUUUGGCGUCCUGGGAUUUAAAAAUAUUGAACUGAUGAAUAUUGCUCUAAUAUGUAAACUGGUUUGGAGGUUUUUAGAAAAUGAAGAUGUGAUGUGGGUUCAAAAACUGAGUGCUAAGUACUUACAUGGUGUUUCGUUUUGGCUGGCGGAUAAACCUGACAAAUGCUCCGCAACAUGGAGCAUUAUGCUUGAAGUCCGCCAUAUUCUAGAAAAUAGGAUUUUCUGGCAAGUCAAUAAUGGGAACAAGAUUCACAUAUGA